AAGCAAAAUGGCGGAACUCGAAGAUGUUACGCUAGAUGGGAAACCGCUUCAUUCGCUUCGUGUGGCGGAUUUAAAAGCUGCACUGGAGCAGCGAGGGCUGGCGAAAAGUGGGCAGAAAAAUGCGCUCAUCAAGCGACUGAAAGGGGCUCUCAUGUUGGAAAACCUACAGAGAACCUCCACCUCUCACACAGGUCUGCAGCCCAACUCGCAGAUCGGGGAGGAGAUGAGCCAGAACAGCUUUAUCAAACAGUAUCUUGCCAAGCAGCAAGAGCUCCUUCGCCAAAGAAUGGAAAGGGAGGCACGGGAGGCAGCUGAGGCAGACGAUACAAACAGUCCUGCAGGCCCAGAGGAGGACGAACACACAGCUGCCAACGACAACAGUUCCUACACGCCAGACAAGCAUCACAUUGUAGCAUCUCGGUCAUCUGUACAUCGAACAGAAGACGGGGAAGGCGAACAGCUGGACGCUCACAGGCCAGAUGCUGGGACGGCCUCUGUAUCACAGAGCUCCCCAGAUGCCACCACUGGGAAGACCUGGUGCCCCUCAUUCUCCCAGGAGGAGACUGCCACUCCCUCCCCGCCUCGUGCAGUUGCCUCUCUCUCUGUGCGUGUAGUCGGUCAGCCAGAGCGACAGGGUGUGCCACUGGUUGUGCCUCGCCCACAAGAAAAAGAAGGCACUGCACCUGUUGAAGCGGGCCCUGCCCAUCCAGUGCCACAGCUCAGCCGAUCCGCUCGCGCACAAGACGAAAGCGACGAAGAGGAGGAUGACGAUGACGACGACAGCGAUGAGGAUGAUGACUGGGGUCCUUCGUCUCGCAGGAAAAAGAACGUCCGUGUUACUCCGCAGCGCUCGCGCCGCAAGCUUCAGCCUCCUCAACACAUUCCACCACAUCAUUCCCCACUACAGCUUCGUCAGCCCACACCUCCACCAUCUCCGCCUCCAGAGCUUUCCUUCCCUCUGCCUGACACUCCCAAACAGAGUCCUCCAGACCAGGAUGAGCCGGAAGCACCAGUGGAUAAUUCUGUCUCAUCUUCACCUUCCCCACAGAGACAAGAAUCAAGUUCUAGCUCCAGAUCUAGCAGCCCUGAGCCGCCUCCGAAGCGCAGGCCCGGACCACUCAGCCUGCUAGUGCGCAAGAUGGAGUCUGAGGGAGCAUUUGAUGCUGCGAAGAAAAAGGAAGAGGAGGAAGAUGCAGCAGCAGAGGAGCAGGUAGAGGCUGGAACAGGAAUGGUUCUGCACACUAAAGAAGCAACUGUUAAUGAUAGCUGCGAUGCUGAGAUGACUCCUGAUGUGCAAGCUUCGCCUGAGAAGGCACUGCCUGAAGUUAGUGAGUCAGUACCAACAAUGCCUUCUGCUGCUGAAAGUAGCCCUCAAGAAAUAGUAAAGGAAAAAGAGGCUAAGCAGGAGCUGAAAGAAAGACCAACGCUAGACGAAAAAGAAAAGCAGGAUAAAGAAAAAGAGCUAGAGAAAUCAACAGAGAGCGCUCAUUCAUCAUUAAAACGCGAGCGGGAGGCAUCAACGUCCCACGACUCUACCAGCUUCCAUCAUACUUCACCCACCACCUCCACACCUGGUGUUGCCAAGCGAAAACGGAUCUUCUCUGAAGUUCCCCCACCCGAAUGGCUCUUGUCUCCUUCCAAACCUGAGCAGGUGUCUGUCCUCAGGGCAGGACCUCAUCAUGCCAGUGCAGAUAUCGAUAUGGAAGCUGAAGCUUCUCCUUUGGUUUUACUUAAGGAGCAGAAUAAAGAAGAAAAUAAAGAAACUAAGAUGGCAUCUCAACAGGCGUCAGAUGAAAUGGAGGUAGGAACAGAAAAAUUGGCAACUUCACAGGGAUCUGAGAAAGCUGAAGAAAAGAAGGCAGAAAUAGAGCAUGUGGAAUCUUCGUUGGCAUCUGAAGCCACAAUAGAAAAGCAGGCAGAGAGUGAAAAGGUGGCACUUUCACAGGCUUUCACAUCAGAAACAGAAAAGACAAAAGAAAUUGCAUCAGUAACUGAAGACUUGGCAUCUUCACCCGAACUUGCUUCUCCACAGACACCUGAAGCUGCAGAAAAAAUGAAAACAAUCAUGGCAGUAUCCAGACCCACAGAGGUAAUGGAACAAGCAACAGAGAAGGUAGCUCAAGAAUCAGAUGCUAAAACAGAGGAGGUGGCACCUCAAGCCACAGAAGUGAUGAAGCCUAUAACUGAGACACCAGCAUGUCCCCAGGCAUCUGAAGCAGCAGUAGAAUCACAUGAGGGAGAAACAGAAAAACAGGCGUCUGUGCUACUAUCUAACGCUACAGAAGAAAUCAAAGAGAAACUGGCAUCCCCGCAGGCAUCUGAGGCGGCACUAGAAAUGGAUUCAGCAACAAAGCUGCCAUCUCCAGAGAAGUCUAAAGCAGCAGAGGAAAUUGAGGCAGUGACAGAGAAGCCAAAAUGCCCAGAUGCAUCUGAAGCAGAAACCGAAAAGGUGGCAUCUUCACAGUCAUCUAAAGGGGCAGAGGAAAUAGAAGAACCAGAGCAGGUGGCAUCUGCACAAGCGUCAGAGGCAGCAGAAGAAAUGAAGAAGGCAGAAACGAAGCAGCUUGCAUCCCCACCGUCAUCCCAAGCAGCAGAGGAAAUAAAAGAGAAAGAGGCAGAAAAGCCUGGAUCCCCACAGGCAGCCGAAGCCCCGGAACCAAUGGAAGACGAAGCAGAGACGGCGUCUGAGUCGAGACAAGAGAUGCAGAAAGCAGAGAUGCCUGAGAAGCCCGCAUCUCAACAUGCAGCCUCUGCAGAUGACGAAAUGCAGGAGGCAGACCCAGACAAUCGAGCAUCUCCGUGUCCAGUUGACGCAGAUGAAGAAAUGCAGGAGUCCGAGCCCGAGAAGCCAGUGUCUCGACCAGUGGCUGAGGAUUCUUCUGUGCCGCCUCGAUCUCCAUCAGGAGAAAAAGAGAAAUCAGAAAAAACAAAGGAGAAAUCCCGAAGGAGAAAAUCAUCUGAAUGGCGCUCAUCUUCCUCUAGCCAGUCUUCAUCCUCUGACUCAGAUUCAGAAUCCUCCUCUUCGUCCUCCUCCUCUUCCUCAUCAGCUAGUUCCUCAACCUCAUCAUCACGGGAGAAACCCAGCCCACCUAUUCAAAAGCAGGAUGAAGAGGAAAAACCAAGACGGACAGACAACACGGUCGAGGAGAAAAGAAAAACUUCCAGGGAAGUGAAGCAAGCCACAGUCGCAGAGCCCACAGCUCCUGUCUCUAUGGAGCUCCAGGAACAGCCCGAGUCUGAGAGUGCACUCGCACAUCCUGCCUCACAGGAGGCACCAGAGACCAGCGAGUCGCGCACUGAUGAGAUCACCACUCCAAAAGUGAUUGCCGCUCGCAAGAUUUCACUCAUUACUUCUAAGUCAGAUGGAGCUUCAGUGGAGGCAGAGUCUGGAAGUGGAGCUGGCAGAAAGAGGAGGUGGGGAUCAAGUACAGCAGUCACUGCUAAGAAACCCUCAAUCAGCAUCACUACAGAAUCUCUUAAGUCUCUGAUCCCAGACCUCAAGCCGCUGCAGGAGGCCGUGGUGGACCUUCACCCAGAUGAAGGCCGUUUCUCUGGGGAUGAAGAAUCAACCCAGCAGAGUGAGCGCAACGAGGACCAAGGGCUCCAAAUCAGACGCACUGUAACGCAGGUUGUUCCAUCGGAGGGACAGGAGAACGGACAAAAAGAAAAAGAGGAGGAGGAAGAGGAGGAGGAGGAGCCGAUGGAAGAGAAAGAGAAGCCCCUAAGAAAACAGAGGAGGGAAAGCUCAUCAGAAGUUGCUAUGGAAACACCGGAGGGAGACACCAAGAAGGUGACCCCCAAUGAUUCUGUGGUGAGACGCUCUAUCAGUCAGCAGAAGGUCGCUGUGUCCAUCACCAUAGAUGACCCAGUGCGAACAGGCCGCCAGCUCUCACCUCCUCGUGGCAAAACAUCCAACAUUAUCCACAUCUGCAACCUGGUUCGGCCUUUUACUUUAGGUCAGCUGAAGGAGCUGUUGAAUCGGACCGGGUCCGUGGUGGAGGAGGGUUUUUGGAUUGAUAAAAUCAAAUCUCACUGCUAUGUCACUUACUCCAGUACAGAGGAGGCAGUAGCUACUCGUGAAGCUCUGCAUGGUGUCAAGUGGCCCUCCAGCAAUCCCAAAGUGCUUCGAGUGGACUUCUGUGAAAAGGAUGAGCUGGACUUCCAUAAAGGCCUGCUGACUGGCGAGGGCCCACGAGCCCCUCCAGCUGCAACCCGCCCUGCUGCCCCUCCCCCUCUCUUGCCCCCAACUCGUGAGAGAGAGCGGGAAAAGGAGAGAGAAGGUGGCGCGACAGGAGUCAAAGAUCAGUGGGCUGAGAGGGAACGAGAGAUGGAGCGUAGAGAAAGAGCACGUUCAGAGCGAGAGUGGGAUAGGGACAAAGUACGCGACUUCAACAGAGACGAACGGGACGCAGCCAAGAGGUCACGGUCGCGUGAGAAGGACAGGAGACGAAAGGAGCGAGGCAAGAGUAAGGAAAAGAAGUCUGAGAAAAAAGACAAACCAGAGGAGCCUCCUGCCAAAUUGCUGGAUGACCUGUUCCGUAAAACUAAAGCUGCUCCCUGUAUAUACUGGCUACCACUUACUGAGGAACAGGCAACUAAAAGGAACCAGGAGCGAGCUGAGCGGUUGAAGGAGCGAGAGAAGAUCAGAAAGGAACUGGAGGAGGAGGAGAAAAAGAGGGAGGAGGAGAGGAAGGAGCGUGCACGAGGACGAGAGCGAGACGCCGCGAACCCUGCGAGCGGAGGUGGUGGAAGCUCGAGUCGGCCCUCAGAGGGAGAGAAGGACAAAGAGAGGGAGCGGGACCGGGCUAGAGAGAAGGAGGGCGAGAGGAGGAGAGACAGCAACAGAGGCCGAGGUGGAGACUCCAGACCUACGGGGGGCAGCAGGCGCUCACGGAGCCACAGCAACCCCUCCAGGGACAGACGGCGCUGAGUGUGUGUGGUUGUGCGUGCGUGCGUGUGUGUUUGAGAGAGAUAUAACAUCAGUCAGAUGCCCUUUCCUGCUCACACAGGCCCAAAUAUGAUAAAGAAGUUCUGGUCCUGAAAAAAUUCCCACUUUAUAUGGUAGCAUCACACAUGCAGUCUGUCAUCUGCUGUACAGCUGCCUUCUUUUGGAGGCUUCCAUCAGUUUUUUUCCCCUUAAAAAAAAAAAAAAAAAAAGCAUUUUUUGUUGUAGAAAUUGAUGUUUGGCGGUUGUGUACAGGUUUUCUGUUUUUCAACUGGUUUGGCUUGUAAGAGGUUAAUUUCCUCAGUCACACCUUAACGUUGGUGACUAUAUCGUCAAGCUUAACCAAAUCAUUUAUUUCUUUUUUUUAUUUAUAAAAUCAAGAUAAAGCCGGCUUUGCAGGAAGGCAGUUUUGUUUCUCAAGAAUUCUCCCUUUAGUCAUUUGGCAACUUAAAGGUAAUUUAUUUUUGCUGACCAGCGUCCCCCUAAGCAGUGUGUUUUGGCCGUCAAGCUGAGCCAAAAGUGCUGCGUGUUUGGGCUGUGGCCUCUCGAACCCUUCAGACCCCGCUGCACUAAGUGGCUGACUACUACACCAUGUAUCUGCAGAAAGGUCCUGUUAUGAAGGAAAACAGGUGUCAGGUUAACGUCUCAUCUCUCCCUGUCCUGUUGCCUUCAUGGUCGCGUCCCUCUCUUUUUUCUUCUGUUGGACUUUGUAGUCCUCACAGUUCUUUAGUGUUGUGCUCUGUGAUUCAUAUAAGGGAGAAAUCUAACCGUUAUAGACCAGAGAGGAACAAUACACAUUUUAACAAUGUUUUAACUUUUGUUUUAGUUUGGAAAAAAAAGAAAAGAUUCAUAUUUGCUUUUUGAUUAUUUUUUGAGUAUGCAGAAUGUACAAAGAAUAAAACAAUGACAAUGAA